UGACUGGGAAACUCUAUCCUAAUGCUCAUGAGGAUACUCCAUCGAAAAUUCAUCUAAUGGCCUGAGAUAUUGUUGCCAUUAUCAUGAAAAGGGCAAGAUUAAAACAAAAUUACUUACGACUGAAACUUUUCAUUUAUACGACUGUGAUAUAAUGCGUGUCAUAACCAUAUAUUUGAAGAAAUGAGGGGAAAGUCGAUACAAUCAGUCCCAAUUCAGUCCAACACAAUAUCAUUUAUGGUAACUUUUUGAAUAUGCUGAAAUUCUGUUUGGAAUAAGUGUGAAAUUUUUAGAAAUUGAUAAAAUGGUUUUUGUUUUCAAGUCAAAGGAAUUUCAGAUGAUGAAAACAUAAUAAUCGCCUAAAAAAGUAAAAGAGGGAGAUAAGAAAUGGAUAAGAAAUACAUGUUUUUGGUUUUUGUCUUUCUUUUAUUCCAAGUCAAUUCUCAGACUACUCCAAAGCCCUAUCGUGAUAACUGUGUAGAUUAUAUAGAACCAUUUAUCCAAGUAUUUUGUGGUGAUCCGGUUAAUCCUAGCAGCUGUAUAUUAAGGACAUGGGUUUGUGAUGGUUCUAAUGAUUGUCCUCAAGGUCUUGAUGAAUCUGAGGCCACUUGUAAGGGAGGAAAUCCUUGCCUAACUGGACCUUGUAAAAAUGGUGCUUCUUGUUACCCGUUUUCAGCUAUUACCAAUGUGAGUGUUGCAUAUUAUAUUUGUGCAUGUCCUUUGGGUUAUUCUGGAUUUCUUUGUGAAAUUGCACCUCCUACUACUCAAAUCACUACCCAGCCUUCGUCCACUCCUUCACCCACCUCACCCACCAGCAUGACUUCAUCAACAACAACUAGGUCUACAACUUCAGAUUCUACAACCAAAACAGCAUCAUCAACAGCAUCUACUUCUGACAAAACUGUAUCUACAUCAACUACUGGUCCAUCAACAUCAACAACCUCAUCACCAGGAUCAUCAACACGGGUCACGGAAAGGUCAACAAAGGUCAACUCAUCACCAACACAGGUCACCACAUCAUCAACACAGGUCACAACAUCACCAACACAGGUCACCACAUCAUCAACACAGGUCACAACAUCAUCAACACAGGUCACAACAUCACAGACACAGGUUACAUCACCGACACAGGUCACAUCAUUACCAACACAGGUCAGAACGUCACCAACACAGGUUACAACAUCACCAACAGAGGUCACAACAUCACCAACACAGGUCACAACGUCAUCAACUCAGCUCACCUCACCAUCUGCACAGAUCACUUCACCAUCAUCAAGGAGCACCACUCAGGCAACAACCACAACUGAAUCUGGAAGUGUUGGUUCAUGUUCACCAAAUCCUUGUAUUAAUGGUGUUUGUACCCAACUUAGAAACAACAGAUACCAUUGUAACUGUAUUCCAGGUUAUGGUGGAGACAGAUGUGUGCAAACAAUUAAUCCUUGUAGUUCUCUCCCUUGUCUUAAUAAUGGACAAUGUCAGGUUAUAAACAAUCAGUUUAACUGUAGUUGUCAAGCAGGUUUUACUGGAAGACAAUGUGAAAUAGAUAUCGAUGAUUGUCAGUCUAAUCCCUGUUUAAAUAAUGGUACUUGUACAGAUUUAAUUAACAGCUUCACCUGUUCCUGUUUGACAGGCUAUACUGGUCAAAAAUGUGAAUCAAUGAUAAACUAUUGUUUUUCUCAACCAUGUCUAUUUAAUGGUGUAUGUGAAUCCAGACUCAAUGAAUAUGUGUGUGUCUGUCCUGCUAACAGAGCUGGGGCAAAUUGUGAGAGACAACAGCUUUGUACAAAUAAUGAUCCCUGUAUGAAUCAUGGAAUUUGUUUACCAGGGAAUCUACCUGGCUCAUCACCAACAUGUGUUUGUUUACAAGGUUUUACUGGUAGUUUCUGUGAAAGUAAUAUCAAUGAAUGUCAACCAAACAUUUGUGGACAAAAUGGUAAAUGUAUAGAUGGUAUUAAUAAAUAUACAUGUCAAUGUUCACCUGGGUAUACUGGAGACAAAUGUUCUAUCAAGGUUGAUCCCUGUCUAUCACAGCCUUGUCAAAAUGACGGUUAUUGUUGUCGUCAAGGAAAACAGUUCUGUGCCUCAGGACUAGCAGAUGGAUAUUAUGAAUGUUAUUGUGUUUCUGGAUUUACAGGCAAUAAUUGUGAAAUGAGAGUUAAUGAAUGUUUACUCUCACCUUGCAAAAAUGGAGGAAUGUGUACUCUUAGAAAUGAUGCAGCAUAUUGUACAUGCUCUUUAACCUUUACUGGACCAACUUGUGACACACCUAAUCCAUGUGGAUCUCAACCAUGUUUUAACAAUGGUGUUUGUCAAACUGUAGGAAGUAGUUAUUCUUGCCAGUGUUCAGAACCAUUUUCUGGACCAGACUGCCGAGAAAUCAAAAUGUGUGAGAAGAAUUUAUGUCAAAAUGGAGCGGCAUGCUCUUUAGUGAAUGGCAGAGAGGUUUGUAUUUGUACGUCUGCCUACACUGGAGAAUUUUGUGAGAGUUAUCUUUCUUGUUCUUCCUUUCCAUGUCAAAAUAAUGGACAGUGUAUUAAUCUAAUUGGCCAAUCUCAAAGAUUUCGAUGCUCUUGUGCUGUGGAGUAUACAGGAUCCUUGUGUGAAGCUGUUCAGCCCUGUGCAACAAACCAGUGUGCUAAUGGUGGUUCUUGCAUUAAUAAAGCAGAUAGUUAUGAAUGUAAAUGUGCUCCACCCUUUUCUGGUCCAAGCUGUACCAGAAGACUAUUUUGUCAGGACAAGCCAUGUAAAAAUGGAGGACUUUGUGUUGAAACAGCCACAGGUUAUCGAUGUGUUUGUACAUUUGGAUAUACUGGGGGUGCUUGUGAGACUUUCCUUUCAUGCUCAUCAAGUCCAUGCCAACAGAACUCAGCCUGUAUCAAUGUUGACAACAGUACAUAUUCUUGUACAUGUUCACCAAGUACAACAGGAAAGAACUGUGAAUCUAUUCUUCCUUGUGCCAGUUUCCCAUGUUUGAACAAUGGUCAAUGUAAUAAUAUUGGAUUAACGGAUUAUAGUUGUCAAUGUCCUACUCAGUAUACUGGUAAAAGCUGUGAUAAUUAUCUCCCAUGCUGGAGCUCCCCAUGUUUAAAUGGAGGAAACUGUACAACUGUGGGAUUUUCAUAUAGUUGUCAAUGUCCUGCAUUUUAUGUUGGACCUACUUGUUCUAGAUACAACCCAUGUGGAAGUUCGCCUUGUAUGAAUAAUGGUAGCUGCUUUCUGAAUGGAGACAACUUCUUGUGCAUCUGUGAUGGUGGGUUUUCUGGACAAAGAUGUGAGAAUUCAUUACUUCCAUGUUCAGGACAGCCAUGUUUGAAUUCUGGAACAUGCAUCGUCAAUGGUUCAUCUUUUACAUGUAGAUGUCCAGCAAACUUUACUGGUAGUAAUUGUGAUGUCCCUGUCCCAUGUGGUAGUUCACCAUGCUUGAAUAAUGGAUCAUGUUCCACGAAUGGCUUGCAGUACUCCUGUCGAUGUGAGCCAGAAUACACUGGUGUUACCUGUGAAACCAGGCUGCCUUGUGCUGUCAACCCUUGUAUCAAUGGUAGUUGUAGUAACAUCAACACAACCUUCUAUGGCUGUAUUUGUGAUCCAGGAUUUACAGGCAAGAAUUGUGAUACACGUCUACCAACUUGUGAUCAAACCAACUGUAUCAAUGGACAGUGUGUCAUUGUCAAUGGUGAACCAAAAUGUCAGUGCACAACAGGGUUCACAGGUAGUAGUUGUGAAACACAACAGUCACCCUGUGAUUUGAAACCAUGUUUAAACAAUGGUAUUUGUGAAAGAAAUGGUACUAAUGGAUAUAGAUGUAAUUGUCCAUUACGGUAUACUGGUGCUAAAUGUGAAACAGAAGUUAAAGCCUGUGAUAGUAGUCCUUGUCUUCAUAAUGGUACAUGUACCAAUACCGCCAACAGUUUCACUUGUAACUGUAGUGAAAACUAUUCUGGUAAAUUAUUUUUAUUUUUUAUAGCCAUGUCAGGAAAGAUUACAACUAGGAUUCAAUGUGAGAUUAUAAAACAACCAUGUGAUAGUAAACCAUGUUUAAAUAAUGCUACCUGUAUUCAGACUGGUACAGUCUAUCAAUGUUUAUGUCUGCAAGGUUUUACAGGUAAAAAUUGUGGUACUAAAUUUGAUCCAUGUAGUUCCAAUCCAUGUAAUAAUGGUGUUUGUUCAGUUAGAAAUACAGAUUUCUUCUGUUCUUGUUCCCCAGAAUAUACAGGAAAAAGCUGUGAAACUAAAUUGACAAAUUGCAACCAGAAGCCUUGUCAAAAUGGUGGAACAUGUUUUACAGAUGAAUUUGGUAUAUUUUGUGAAUGUCCCAGUAAAUAUGAAGGGUUAUAUUGUCAAUAUAUUGUUUCUACUGUAGAUGCUUGUACACCAAGUCCCUGUUUAAAUAAUGCUGAUUGUUGGGUUGUGGAAAACAAACCAGUUUGUGACUGCCCUAAUGGCUUCACUGGUUCGAUAUGUGAAUCAAGAAUAUCAAGUAUAGGUUGUACACCCAAUCCGUGUAAUGGAGGUAUGUGUUUUGAAAACUCGAAUGGUGAAUUUAACUGUAUUUGUCCUCCUGGAUAUUUUGGUACAACUUGUACAAAUUGAAAUAUCAUGAACAUCUAUUUAUGGAAGUUUCCGAGAAUCAAUAGCUAAAUGAAAAAACCAGGAAAAUGGAAACAAAAAUAAUUGAAGAUCAAAAUAAAUUUUGUAUUACUUUUA